AACAUUUACAGCGUAUCCUUUCGCAUGGUUAGUGCGUGGUAGUGUACUUAAUUCAAUAUCUAUGUAAUUUAAUUUUAAACUACAAAUUAUAAAUUAAAAAAUUAUUUUUAUAAGUUAACUAAAAAAUAUAAAUUAAAAACAUUGUCAAAAUACAGAAGAAUCAGAAUAGUUGUGACAAUGCUUUCCUUGGGAAUAAUAUGUGCAGUGUUAUUUUAUUAUACAGCUCAAAUUCAUCCUGUUUUACUCGUAUUGUUAUUAAUUAGUAUACCGAAGCAUUUGUCUUUAAUAUUAUGAAGAUGUUGUAAUAACAGGAGAUUAUUAUUUAUUAAACAAACAAUAAACGUAAAUGUUAAAUGCGAGUGGGAUUGUAUAAUAGUUUAAAAGAAAUGGAAAUGCAAAACAAACGGAAAUGGGAUAAUAAAGAAAGUGAUUAAUAUGAAGCAUUGAAGAUAUUAUAAGGUAUAUAAGAUUAAAUUAUUGUUGGUCUAUGCUCUCUAUGAUCAAUAAAUUAUUGUGUUUUGCUGUCUUUGGUCUAUAAACCAUUAUAUUGUAUAAAUAAAAUUUUACUUUGACUACAUAAUCACAAACAUUUAUGGAAAAAAUAGAAAAGAAAUAAUAAAAAGUGACAAUGUGGUUAUAGAUGGAAGAAGCAGUGAAGAAGGCUGCUUUGUGGCUAAUACGGAAUUAAAUAAUUCCUUCGCUAAAACAAAGUAAAAACUACAGUAGGUACAAAAAUUUACAAAAUAAAUAUAAAAGUGAUAAUUAACGUGGACUACGUAACAAAUUCAACAUCGCCAAGAAACUUGUAUCAAUUGACAGAAAUGGACAGAAAUAUGGCUAUUAUUAAUACCUAUAUGUAUAUAGGACCGUAUAUAAGGGUUAUAAGAUUACAAUGUGUAAUACAGUUUAUCAAAUGAAAUAAAUGUUAUUAACAUGAUUGGACUUUAUUAUUAACAAUAUUGUUCUUGGAAUUGAAGAGGACAGCAUAUAUUAGUGAGUAGAUACAAAAUAAAUACGUGAAGCCGCCCGCCCCCGCGGCGAAGUCGCUGGGCGGGCGAAUAGAUCGGUCGACCAGUUCAUUCUACGAACCCGUCGCGAAAGCUCGUCCAACAGUUUAGUGAAUUUGAAGAAACUUCAUCGGACCUGAAUUAAAAUGCCUGCCAGGAAUAAGGAACAGGAACAGGAAGUCCUAACCUGGAUCUCCGAGGUACUUGGGGAAUCUUUACCUAAUGGAGAUUAUGAAGAUAUACUAAAAAAUGGAGUAAUUCUUUGUAAAUUGAUCAACAAACUUGCCCCAGGAUCUGUUAAGAAGAUACAAGAAAAGGGAACAAAUUUCCAGCUCAUGGAAAAUAUUCAAAGGUUCCAAGCUGGCAUUAAGAAGUACGGAGUGCCAGAGGAAGAAAUUUUCCAAACAGCUGAUCUUUUUGAAAGGCGUAACAUCCCACAAGUUACUCUUUGCUUGUAUUCGUUAGGCAGAAUUACUCAGAAGCACCCAGAGUACAAUGGUCCACAACUUGGACCCAAAAUGGCUGAGAAGAAUGAGCGCACCUUCACCGAAGAACAACUUAGAGCACACAAUGCCGAAUUAAACCUUCAAAUGGGAUUCAAUAAGGGAGCCUCGCAAUCUGGCCACGGUGGUUUCGGCAACACUCGUCACAUGUAAAUGCUUCAUAAAAUAUAUAGGUAUCUGAGACCAAUGCCGAUGUAUUCGGAGUUAGCCAGUAUUUUUUUAAAAGUGAAUUUAGACUGAACGACUAAAUGUCACAGAAUAAAAACUAGAAUUUUGCAAGAACACAGAAUUAGACAGUUUGAAAUUGCAAGAACAACGAAAAUGCACAAAUUGUUCAUAGCAGUACAGUUUAGAAACUAGAAAACUACUACUAAAUGAUAAAUUCAUACGCAGGAUGAUCUUCCGAAUACUACUUUUAUUUUUUAUGUUGUUUGAAUGGCAUUGUGCGAUAUUAGAUAAAAACAUUUGAUGAGUCUAAAUUCACUAUAAGAUAUGUUUAUUCCAUUCUUAAUUUUUGCUAUUGUGAACUCGAGGCAAACUUUCAAUUCUCUUAAAUUUCCUUCUUCAAUGCCUGCUUAACAACGUCAAAGAUUGUGUGAUAGAACAAUUACUGUAUUGUAUGUAUCUAAUUAGAAUUAAUAUCUAACAAAGGCUAUUUUUAUUAAGAUUUUUUACGACUAUUGUGUAAUUUUUGUAAAUAUUUAACAUUAUUUAUUAAACGUUGUUUC